AUGUUACCAAAGUCGAAAAAUGAUGAAAAUUUUUCUAACGAUGAAAAUUUUCCUAAUGAUAUUGAAAAGCUUGAGAGCGAUAACUCUAAUUGUUCUCGGACGGCGCGUUCUGUUGAUCUGCCGUCCGGAAAUAACUAUCAUGAACAAGAGGAAAAUCUAGCUUGUUCGAGUGUCUUACAUUCAGAUAACAAGGUUCAUGCAAUUGCCAAUAAUCAAAAUAAUCCUGUCGCAAAUAAAGAAUCGAAGCCAGCAUCGAUAGCUCGUAAUGCACGUCCACAAUCCAGAAUUAUUGUCAGACCCCCUUACCCACCGACCAUUAAACCUAGAGACUUGGUUGAUAACCUACUUAAAAUCAAGUCACGGACACCAAAAAUGCUGAAUGAAUUUUUUAUCUACCGUAAAGCUCUUGUUCAAGAGCUUAAAAAAAAAAAACUUCGAGUUAAAAUGACACUAGUGUCGUCUCAAGCGUCUACUUAUUGGCAUCAAGAAACACAGCAGGUUAAAGAAGCAUAUAGAAAACUUGCGCGUGAAACAGAAAGAUUGUAUCUGCAGGAAAGAAGAGAAAGAAGACAACCGCAACAAUCUUCAAAUCCUUCUACAAAUCUUGAAAACGCAUCUAAUAUUUCAAUAUCUUCCUCGGUUUCCUCAGAAGCUGUGAUUUCUGUUUCUGCAUCCCAUUUUAAGGACAUCGAGCCCAUUUUGGAAAUCAAUUCAUCUGAUACUUCAUCUGAUACUAUGUUCAACAAUUCACCUGCAUCGAUCUCAUGUAUUUCAAACAAUGGUAUCUCAGAUUACAUUCAAACAUUUCCAGCACAGAACACAUACGAUCAAAAUCAAAACACAUUAUGCCCUAACGCUAAUGCAUCGAACCCUUCAUUUAAUCCAGUCAACUUCGAUUUUCCUAUUUGGAGAAAUUACGAUCAGUCAUUGACUGUAACACAACCCGGUCAAUAUAGAUAUACAUCACCCAAUUUAUCGGUUGAUAGUGAUAAUUUUUUUACACCAAUUGUACCUUCUCAAAGGGAUCAGCCUGAUCCGGCAACAGAAAAUGAAC